AUGGCUCAUGUACUUCUUCUCGUGCGGCGCAGUGACCUUAGCCUUCUGAUCCUCCUCGUGUCGAACUUCCUCGUCUUCAUCAUCAGCCUCGAUAUCCUCGAUGUCGUCGUAUCGCCUGACGUCUUCCCUGGGUGCCGCGGGUGCGGGCGCCUUCGCGGGCUUCUUCGUGGAUUUUUUCUCGCCUUCGCCGCCGCCGCCCCUUCCGAGCAGUUGCGCCCUCAGCUGCGCCAGGAGGGCCUCCUCCUUGUGGCUGAGCUGCUUGGGUGCGGUGAUCGAUGA